AUGGUAGACGCUCAGGUACAGGGUAUUUGGGAUUCGGCGUGGGAUGAAUUCUUAAAUUCGUUAAGUGAGGAAGACCGGGCAAAUGUCGAGUCUACAGGUAGUGUAGAUGACAUGCUGCACCACGUGCAAGCCCUAAGAGUAUCAUAUCACGCCUCUCGUUUAAUCCGGACCUUGGAUCGUCUCCAACCAAUAUUGCGAUGGCUGCGGUCGUACAAUGAGUGCAUGAAAGUCUACAUUGAAGGCUCACCACGACCACUCAUAUUACUCUGGGGCUCGAUAACUCUGCUUAUUGAAAUCGUCACUCGGGAGCACCGUGCACUGGAGCAAGUAGUGGCUGCCCUGGAAGAAGUUUAUCGACACGGACCGAGAUUUCAUUAUUACACGAUCCGGUUGGCUGGUGGCACAUAUGAACGACUCAAGGCCGCUCUUAUUCAGUAUCACACAGAACUCAUUGGCCUCUGCCACGAUAGCAUAACAUUCUUCCGAGCUGGCCCAAAGAAGAACCUCUUACAUUGUACAUUUAAACCCUUCAUAGAUAAGAUUGAGCCUCGAGUUAAUCGCUUACGUGGGCUGACAACUUGGGUUGAUCAAGAAGCUGCCGUAGCCUCAAGUGAGCGUUGGAACAGAAGAUAUGAUGCACUCAAUCAAGACAUGCAAGGAAUUCUCAGACUUUUAAAUCCACAAAACAUCCACCUAUCAUCAGCAAUGUUGGUGACGGGUUCCUUCCAGAAUCUGCCUCCAAGACAUAGGCAGAUAUGCUACGGCAGAGAUGCAGAAUUGAGUCGUUUAGAACACCAUCUUCGUGCGAAUGAAGAGCGAGAGGCCCUUCAAACUGCUUUCCUCUGUGGAAUGCGAGGUGUUGGAAAAUCACACUUGGCAUUAGAAUUUGCUUAUAAUCAUGUCAACGACUACAUGGCUACGCUGUGGAUUUCUGCGGAGAGUUCCCUAAAGCUACAAGAAUCCAUCAGCGUGAUUUCUCAUAAUCUGGGCAUUGCCGACGACUCGAUACAGCAUCCAGACCAACUUCAUGGGGAUAAAAACGGUUCCAAGUGGCUUGUAAUCUUUGACAAUGUUGAGGACACAUCACUUCUUGAAUUAUACUGGCCUCUGGAGUCUAAUGGCUCUGUUAUAAUUACAACUACGAAUGAAGAUGUUGCUCGAUAUUACCUGGGCGGUGACAGGAUGAUCGUGAUGGAGCCGUUUUCCGUGGAAAUAGGCAUACACCUGCUUUUGAGAGUCACAAACACUGACGAAUCAAACUUGGAAGAGAAAGCAGCGGCAGAACUAAUAACAAAUGCAUUAGGACAUCUUCCCUUGGCACUAGACUUGGUAGGUAACUAUGUCAGGGACCUUGGCAAACCUCUCUCCUCUUUUUGGCGAGAACAUCCUCAUUUCGAAAGAGAUUUUCUCUUCAACCCCGAACUUACGAAAUGGUCCCCGACAUACUUUGAGAAAUCAAUCAGCAGAAUCUGGGCUCUCCAUAUUUAUCCUAAUACCCAAAAUACUGGUGGGCAUCUUGACGUCAAAUCAUACUGGUUGAUCAACAUGUUGGCAUUUCUGGACAAAGAUGGUGUCACCCUCGAUUUGUUCCAAAAUACAACUCGUGAAGCAAUGUUGUUUGAAGGACCCGACCGCCCUGACGAGAUUGAGAAUCUUGAAGGCCUCGUUGAAAAUCCUUUCAACCAAGUUCUCGUAUUAAAUGGUGCGAUAAUGAACCUUCGCAACAGGGCUUUAGUGAAGAUCAACGACGACACGAACCAUAUUAGCUGUCACCGUCUAGUUCGCCACGCCGUAUUAAAAUCAAUGAAUAAGAAUACAAAACUUGAGACAUUCAAUCAGGUUGUGUUUUUGCUCAAUGCAUCCUUCCCGACACAAGAAGAUGGAAAGCCUCUCCACAGCAAAUGGAAGUCUUGUGAAACUCUCGCAAACCAAGUCUCAACCCUUUUAUACUCUUCUUCCCUUUAUACAACCGAGAUUGGCCAUCCAAUCCUCCUUUGCGAGGUUGCAGUUCGUUGUGCUUGGUAUUUUCUGGAAUUGGGACGAUACCACGCAGCCGGAAAGAUGGCAGAACAGGCUAUCAGUAUUUGCAACCUCGCCCUACAAGAAAAAUCACAUCUCGGGUAUAGUGUCUUUUUCAUCCAAGAUAUGAUUAGCCAUCACUUCAAUGUCUUAGCAACUAUAGAAAGACAACGACCAGGCCCCGACUUUGGCAUAUCUCUAUCUGAAAAAGUGCGCGAUAUCAGGGUAAGAAACAGGCGUCCUUCAAAUCCCCAAGACGAUAUGUGGAUUGCUGCCGCAGAGGGGAAUCUUGCCGUAUCUUUAAUGGCUUCUGGACGUGCGACAGAGGCAUACGAGAUUUUGCUUCGACUCAGACAGAGAGAUGAUAUGAAAGCCAACCUAGACGCCUACCUACGGAACAGCUGUCUUUGUCUGCUCAUAUUAGGGCGAGUUGAUGAAGCGAUGGCAGUAAACGACGAAGCAUUAGAUACCGCAACAGCAAAAAGAGGGGAAUCCAGCGAACAAGUAGCCAUAUGCUACUUUGAUCUUGCCAACAUCCAUAUUCGAAGAGGAAAUACGUCUGCCGCGUUGAACGCCUUGCAGGAGUGUCUCAACCGGCGGAAAGCAUCCAUGCCGCUACACGAGGUCACCGCAUUCACACUCCAUAAAAUAGGAGACGUUGUGGCCACGGAGAAAGACUACAGAUCAUCAAUGCAACAAGCGCUCGCGAUUUUGACCUGUUGCGAAUGCCAUCCCGGUGCAAUUUGCCGCACAGCCUUUGCUCUAGCCUCGGCAUGUCAAUUGGAAGGUGAUGAGGAGAAGUACACAAGAUACAUACAAUUGGGCAAAUUCACAGAGUCGGGGUUCUCAGAAGAUGAAAAAUCGGUGCUUGAAACUACUCCAGAGUACUAUGAUAGAUUCGUUCAAGUUGGCUUACGAUAG